GAAACUGAAUUCACAUUUAAAAUUUCAAGGGCAAUCGAACGCAAAGAGACCAGCUGUGGACAUGGAAACGUUGACGAAUUGCUGUUACUUUUUCAGUCUUCAGACAGGUUGCAUUCUCAUUGCCGUUUUGGAGGCAACUUUAGGCCUAUUUCAGAUUUACUGCAGCCGCUCCGAGCUGCACGACAUAAAUGGCAUGACACAUAAGUCGACCACAGAACAGAAGCUACAUAACCACAACAUCGAUAUAGAAACGCAGAGAGGUAUAUUUGAAAUGAGCAUGGCCAUAAGUUCCAUUAUAAGCUCAUUGCUUCUCCUAAUUGGCGCUCUCUAUAAACGCCCUGUCUGCCUGUUGAUUUGGCUGCAAAUCUGCAUUGCAACCUUCAUCUCAUUUCUUUUCUAUACACUUAUUGUCGAUCUGACACCCGAACAUUUGGUAAUGGAUGCCAUUUGUGUGUGUAUUGACGUCUACUUUUGGUUCAUCGUAUUAUCCUACUAUAUACAACUGCGGUCUGCGCAGACUGGUUCUCCAUCGGAAUUUGAGGUUCUGUACACGCCUACGGACGUUUAGGGCGCUAAAUUAUAUUGCUCCCAACUUUGGCUUUAUAAAAAAAUGUGUAAAACAGUGUGUUAUAGGUUUUAUAGCAUAGAAAUAGAUCAAGCAUUGGAAUAUUUAAAAGUUAACACUAGUUAGGUACAUAUACAUAGUAUAUAUAUCUGCUAAGCAUUACAACUAAUGUCUUAGAAUAUAAA